AUGCGUAGCCUUGGAGCUGUAGGCAAUUCAUGCGGCCACUCGCCGCCGCCGGUGCUCAUGGCAGAGACACAGCUUCGCCUCGCAUUGGCCUCAGACAUUAGCAGAGCCACAGGCGUGUACUUGGAUACCAAAGGCGCCUCCAGUCCAUCAAUGUGGGAGUCCGAGCAUGACCGCUUUUCAAGCUUGUGGAUGGCGCUCGUCAGAAAGCGCGUAUCUCACGAGCUCGAAGCUUCGCCGUCGAAGCUAGGAGUGUGUGGUUACAUGGAUGACCCGGAUGGUGAUGGCACGACACGCAGCCGUGGCCGCCUUUCGCGGUGUUGCAUUGUCGAGAGUGGUGAUGCUGCGCCUCUGCUGUAA